AUGCAGCUCACGAACAACUUCAUUUCCUGCCGAAAAAAAGAGCGCAAUGAUUGUUUCGGUUCCGCCGGGUUCGUUGAGUUCACCACCGGAGGAGACCCAACCAUUUGCUCCUGCGGUCGACCCGGAUGUGAACAUGAGGAAGACCUUGAGGCACAGCUCAAUGAACUUCAAGACACUGUGUCUCGUCUAGGCCUUGACGGCUCGACUUUGGGUCCAGCGCUGGGCGCACAGACCGAGAAACUGGAGGAGGAGGCGGAGGAGGAGGAGGACGAGGAGGAGGAGGAGGAGGACGAGGAGGAAGAGGAGGAGGAGGAGGAAGAGCUAGCCGAGGUCAUGGCCCUCCGAUAUUUCAAUACCUUUAUUGAUGAGGAACCAGAACAAGUUGAGGCUUCCACUGGGCGCUUGCAUCGUUCAAAGAGCUGGCCACAACGUGUCCUUUAUAGCAAACCCAAGGAGACAGACGUGACUCCGAUGACAUCACAGAGCGGGCCUGUAGAAGCAGCUGGAGAGGCAUCAGAGACAGACGUGACUCCGAUGACAUCACAGAGCGGGCCUGUAGAAGCAGCUGGAGAGGCAUCAGAAGCUCUACAGCUUUAG